GGGAAAGAGACGAGCAUAGGUUCCUCCCAAGAUGCCACCCGCUUCAUUCAAGUGUCUGGCAGCACUGUGUUCCUGUUAGAGCCACCAGCACAAGCACCAGACGAUGCUGAUCCAGGUGAAGGCCCCAGUGCAGCAGCAACAGCACAUGAUGGAGACGAUGAUGAGGAGGAGACCAUCUCUCUGGAUUCCAGAAGGCAUGAGGACCCAGAUGCUAUACAGUGGGAAAACCAGCCUGGCAACAUAAGCUCACAAGCUAUCAGAAAGUUGUAUGGCAACCACCUCCAGCGCCAAAUAGAACUGGCAGACAUAGACAUUCAGUACAAGAAGAAAAAGAUGGAAAAUCUUGCACUGGAGUCCGAAAUAAAAAGAGGACAAUUAGGAAACUGGACCUUGAAAUAAAAAAACUUGAGAGGGAGCUCCAAGAAGAUGACACAGCUCAAAAUAAAAAUUAGCAAUCAGUACAACCAAGUCAUCGUUAUAAGGCAUCGCCCUCUUUUGCCCACCCCCCCAGCACCAGGUGUGGCCACUAGCCUAUACGAAGGCCCAAAAUUGUGUGUUCCUUUCUGCUCUGACAAUGGCAUGCCCAUUCGUGCGAGAUGUGGUGGAUGAAGAAGCACUUGUGCUGAGGAGAGCCUUCAGGCGAGAAAGGGUCUUCAGGGACCGGUUGGACCCACUGGCCUUCCCUGAUGACCAUCUAUAUGAAAGAUACAGGUUUUCUGCAGAUGGCAUCAGGUAUCUAUGCAGACUACUGGGUCCCAGGAUUAAGCACCGCACUGCACGGAGCCAUGCACUGAGUGUGGAGCAAAUGGUUUGUGUGGCCUUGCGCUUUUUUGCUAGUGGAGCCUUCCUGUACUCAGUGGGGGAUGCAGAACAGCUGAACAAGGCCACAAUUUGCCGCACAAUAAGGAGUGUGUGUCUGGCUAUCAAAGCAUUAGCAGAUGUCUUCAUCUCCUUCCCUGGCCACAGAAGACUCUGUGACAUCAAAGAGGAGUUCUAUAGGAUUGCAGAUGGUCUGCAAUGCUGACUGUGUGAUCAGCAAUGUUGUGGCAAAAUGGCCUGGCUCAGUCCAUGACUCCAGAAUCUUUCGGGCCUCUGAAAUCUAUCAGUGCCUAUCACAAGGUGAAUUCUCUGGUGUGUUGCUGGGAGACAGGGGGUAUGGCUGCCAGCCUUUUCUCCUGACACCUUUCACAGACCCCCAGGAAGCACAGCAGGCCUACAACCAUGCCCAUGCCAGGACCAGGGCCAGAGUUGAAAUGACCUUUGGCCUCCUGAAGGCACGCUUUCACUGCCUUCACAAAUUAAGGGUCAGCCCUGUUAGGGCAUGUGAUAUUACUGUGGCUUGUGCUGUCCUCCACAAUGUGGCCUGCCUGAGGAAGGAGAGGGCCCCCAGAGUGCCACCAGCCAUGGACUGGGACAAUCCGGCAAUCUUCCCUGAUGACGACAGUGGUCGGCUGCUGAGGGACCAAUAUGUGUUGAAUUAUUUUAGUUAGUAUGUGUGCUUUCAAUUUUGGUUAAAUAUGUCCUGCGGUGGCAGAGGAAUUUGGGUUUUUUGGGUUCGUUUUUUGACGAAUUUGGCCUCUUAUGAUGUUUGUGCGGUAUACUGUGUGUAAUACAAGGCUGCAGGGAGGCUACUGCAUCCAUUCAUUUGUCUGUUCAGUUGAUGUGUAUGGAUUUGUCCUGCAUUUAUUUUAGUGUGCAGACAUGCAGGGUGUGUUAUAUACAGACCUUUGAAUGUGUAUGUAUCAUUUUGUAUAAUAUGCUUGGAUUCUGUGCUUUCCAUCUUGUAGAGUCACUGUGACUUCAGUUUCGAAAGGAGCUGAUGGUUUACCUGCUUUGUUUUGUCCUUAUUCAAUAAA